GUUACAAUUUAACAUCCUAUUUGAGUCACGUGAUACAACAAAACGGCAUGAAACCAGGAAGUGGAAAAGUAAAAUAAAACGAAAAUUGACAAAGCCGUGAUUUUACACAUGCUUUUCUCACUCAAUCGACAAGUGCAUAAUGGAUGAAAGUUAUGACGAUGAGCGAUACGAUUCUGUGUACGCUAACGACCCCGUGAGCGAAUUCCUGAAUGUUACAGAGAACUUCAGACACCAGAACAUAGACCAGCUUCUUGAGGAAGAUAAAAAGAUUAAUGCGGUCAAAGAUGACCGAAUUUCCUGGUACCAUGGAAAAAUACCACGAGAGGCUGCAGAAAGUAUUUUAAGAGAAGGACUGGCCAGUUUACAGGGGGAGCUAGCCGGGAGUAACGGAUUGUAUUUGAUUAGGGACAGCACCAGCUCUGACAAAGAUUUUGUUGUUUCUGUUACUCAUGAUGCUAAAGUGUUCCAUUUCCAAAUCAAAGAAGUGUUUGAUGGGCAUUACAAGUUGGAUGAAGGCCCAACCACUCAAGGGUUGGAAAAGCUUGUUGCCUACUAUGAGAAUGGAGCCAACGGACUGAUCACGAAGCUUAGUCGACAUUGUAAAGGCUCGCCACCCCCAGACCGUGCCCGAUUAAACGGUCCCAACAAUAUACUACACAGAGCUGUCAUGGAAGGAAAUGAAGAGACGGUAACUGCUAUCUUACAACACAGACUUUGUCCAUCUGUAAAUGCCAAAAAUGAAUUAGGUACAACAGCUUUACAUGAUGCUGCGAAGUAUGGUAAAACAGCUAUUGCCAAGAAGUUGAUUGACAAGGGUGCUGAUGUCCACUCCAAAGACAGGGCAGGCUUCACACCUCUACAUAGAGCUUGCUCUGCAAAUUAUGCAGAUGUUGUGGCGGUGCUGAUAAAGCACGGAAAAGCUGAUCCUCAAAUCCGAUCUCCGAAAACAGGCUGGGUGGCACUGCAUGAAGCAGCUAUGAAGGGCAAUGCUGAGUGCAUAAAGAAGCUUCUCCAGUUCCAUGCCCCCAUGAUGCCUCGUGCUGAUGAUGGCCAGACACCACUAGAUUUAGCAAAGCGAUACAACAGACAAGACUGCAUUCCCCAUCUAAGAUUUCCUGAUAAGAGGGAAGUCAGGACGAAGAAAGAAUAUUGGUACCACUCUGACCUAGAUAGAAAGUUAGCCACUCAGAUGCUUGAUGAACAUAGAAAGGAGGAGGGGCUAUUUCUGGUCAGAAAAAGCAAGAGAAACGAAAACUUCAGUGUCAUUUCUCUCUGUCACAAAAAGAGCAUAUUUAAUUUUGAAAUUAAAGUAAAAGAUUACGAGAACCAGCUAGUACACUACAUAGACGAUGGUCCGUAUUUCGAGAACCUGUUGCAGCUGAUUGAACAUUACAGUCGAUAUUGUGAUGGUCUCUCCACAAAACUUAGGGCCUCCAUAAGCACAGAUGACCGAAGAAUAGAGGUAGAUGAAGAUUAUUACAAUGUCCAUGAUGUCAAUAAUGUUUCAAAGAGAAUUUCAUCACCAGCUCCACCUGUUCCUCAGCCCCGCAUAGCACACGCCAAUCACCCGAACAGACAAGAAGAAGGUUACUACGCGGAUCCCAAGAAUGAACCCCCUCCUCUCCCCCCCAGUCAUCCACCAGCUGCCAAACCACCCAGUGCCAGUAUCCGUAAAGACAUGGGGGACAGGCAGAGUAGUUUUGAUGAAUUCAAUAAGAUUGACAAAAAGGACAUUAAAAUUGGUAGUGAACUUGGCCAGGGAGAGUUUGGAGCUGUCAAAAAAGGAACAUACAUACAGAGGAAGGCCAAAUUUAGGAGUGUUCAGAUUGAGGUUGCUUUAAAGACAUUCCAUGAUGACUCUAUGUCCGGAGCUUUGAAUAGCAUUAUGGAGGAGGCUCGACUUAUGCAGAGGCUGAACCAUGACUGCAUUGUUAGACUCUAUGGAAUCUGUGAAAAACCAUUCAUGCUGGUAGAGGAAUAUAUUCCCGAAGGUUCCCUGUUAGAUUACCUGAAUGACCACAAGAGCAAGAUCAAAGCUAACCCCACCAUGUACCUCUGGGCUUCACAGGUUGCCCGUGGCAUGUGUUACUUGGAAACUAUGAAAAUUGUUCACAGGGAUUUGGCCGCAAGAAAUAUCCUUGUCCAGAGUUUGGAGCAGGUGAAGAUUAGUGAUUUUGGGUUGUCCAGAGCUUUUGUGGAGGAAAAAAAUUACUACCAAGCAUCCAAAGGAGGACGUUGGCCAAUCAAAUGGUAUGCACCAGAGUGUGUCAAUUAUGGAAAGUUUAAUCACAAGACUGAUGUAUGGAGUUUUGGCAUCACAUUAUGGGAAAUGUUUUCCUAUGGAGAUCAGCCCUAUGGAGACAAAAAAGGCGUAGAGGUUAUGCAGUUCAUUGAGUCCGGAAAGAGAUUGUCCAGGCCACAGGAUUGUCCAGAAACUUGCUACAGGAAGAUGAUGGAAUGUUGGAGCAAAGAGCCUGCCAAACGACCAGAUUUUGAUGAUUUAUACAAACAUUUCUUGCAGGACCAAGAGUAUGCAUCAGUGAGUGAAAUUCAGAAGCUCAGGCCAAGGAAAAACUAGUUAUUGACCUUUGAAGUUUUUCAUUCAUCUCCAGUCAGAAGCCAGUUAGAUAUAUUAUUUUAUUUCAGUUCGUCAGUUCUCAUUACUUCUCAGCUUUAUACAAAAUAAUGUAUUUGAACCACAUGCACAUUAGUAAUUUUCAGAAGUUUAUAUAAUAUCUCAUUUGCAAAUUUUUUUUUUAUUUGUUAUAAUUAUUAUUUUUCAUAUUUCAAUCACAAACUAUCAUCAAAAAGCAGUCUUGCCACACAUAAACAAUAUUUUGUAUCUGCAUUUAUUUAUGAGAAUUUAUUUGAUACAGAUUUUGUACUUUAAAAAAAUCAAACUUUGCCUUUGCUGUAGAAAAGGCCCUGUAAAAUUAAGAUCAUCCAGUUACGAUGUCCAGCAUACAGAGUAGUGGAAAUGAGAAAAUGGUUAGGCUUGUUGAAUGUUUUGAUUGCUAUGCAUGUUUUCCUAUACUCCAUGUUCUAUGUUUUAUGACCGACAGAGCAUUGACGUUUUCUCAGGAAAAGCGAACAGUUACUUUCACAUUUUUACUGCUCAUUGCUGAAGAAAUGGAAAACACUGAUUAAUGUUGUAGAUUCAGUUGAUUAUUUUGAACUACAUGUACUCCUUUUUUUUUAUUCAAGCAAAAUUUAAAGGGGCCUUCUAUUUCCAACUCUGUAAUUUUGUAUGAUAGAAUAUACAGGUCAUUGUUCAUGUGAACAUUCACCAAGUUUAUAUUUGCUCAGCUUUACCACCAAAUGUAGUCUCUAUAUCUGUUUAUCAUUCUUAAAUUUAAUUAUGAUUGUUUUGAGGACCAUUUAUUAUCAUUUCAAUUUGUAAAAUGUUUGUAUGUUUAGUAACUAAAGUAUUGAUCCCAUUCCCUGUAACAUUCCUAACAAUUACAUGAACACUCCUAGAAACUCUCUUCUACGUUCCCAACAAUUACAUGAACACUCCUAGGAACUCUCUUCUACAUUCCCAACAAUUACAUGAACACUCCUAGAAACUCUCUUCUACAUUCCCAAGAAUGUACAUGAACAAUCCUAGGAACUCUCUUGUACAUUCCCAAGAAUUACAUGAACACUCCUAGGAACUCUCUUCUACAUUCCCAACAAUUACAUGAACACUCCUAGGAACUCUCUUGUACAUUCCCAAGAAUUACAUGAACACUCCUAGAAACUCUCUUCUACAUUCCCAACAAUUACUUGAACACUCCUAGGAACUCUAUAGAUACAUUCCCAACAAUUACAUGAACACUCCUAGGAACUCUCUUCUACAUUCUCAACAAUUACAUGAACACUCCUAGGAACUCUCUUGUACAUUCCCAAGAAUUACAUGAACACUCCUAGGAACUCUCUUCUACAUUCCCAACAAUUACAUGAACACUCCUAGGAACUCUCUUCUACAUUCCCAACAAUUACAUGAACACUCCUAGAAACUCUCUUCUACAUUCCCAACAAUUACUUAAACACUCCUAGAAACUCUCUUUUACAUUCCCAACAAUUACAUGAACACUCCUAGGAACUCUCUUCUACAUUCUCAACAAUUACAUGAACACUCCUAGGGACUCUCUUCUACAUUCUCAAGAAUGUACAUGAACACUUCUAGGAACUCUCUUCUACAUUCCCAACAAUUACAUGAACACUCCUAGGAACUCUCUUCUACAUUCCCAACAAUUACAUGAACACUCCUAGAAACUCUCUUCUACAUUCCCAACAAUUACAUGAACACUCCUAGGAACUCUCUUCUACAUUCCCAACAAUUACAUGAACACUCCUAGGGACUCUCUUCUACAUUCCCAAGAAUGUACAUGAACACUUCUAGGAACUCUCUUCUACAUUCCCAACAAUUACAUGAACACUCCUAGAAACUCUCUUCUACAUUCCCAACAAUUACUUGAACACUCCUAGAAACUCUCUUUUACAUUCCCAACAAUUACAUGAACACUCCUAGGAACUCUCUUCUACAUUCUCAACAAUUACAUGAACACUCCUAGGGACUCUCUUCUACAUUCCCAAGAAUUACAUGAACACUCCUAGGAACUCUCUUCUACAUUCCCAAGAAUGUACAUGAACACUCCUAGGAACUCUCCUAUACAUUCCCAAGAAUGUACAUGGGCACUCCUAGGGGUACAAUUUAUAUUGUAUAAUUGUACAUGCAUUAUCUGUAUAUGGUAUUACAUGUACCUGUUGAAUAUUUUAUGUUAUAUUCAUAAGCCAAAAGUUACAGAUAUGUAGUUACACAUAAACCUCAUUAAUAUUAACGAGUGUUUUAUCAACCUUAUUUAGUGAUAUUGAAUGAAAUGUGUUUUUGAGAUCUAGGAAUGAUUGGAAUGUUUUUUGGUCUUUCAUACUAUUAUGAAGUCUGUUGUUACCAGGAGCUUGUUGAAUAUGAAUUUCUUAUUCUGCAUAAUAGAAUUUCUGCUGAGUACAAUUUGUAUUUUUAAGAAUCCAAGAAAGAUGCAUAAUUAGGUUUUACUGCUGAAAUGUUAUUGAUGAGAAUCAACUGCAUAAAUUCUGUAAAGUAGAAAAUUGCGUAACUAUGAAGAGUUUUAAAUCUGAAGAAGAUAUACUGUAUAUUAUGAACUCUAUUGUCAGGAUAAUGCCUAGUACUGGUUUCACUACAAGGUGCUAAUGAAUGGGAGAUAACUUGCAAUAUAUGUGUACUUGGCUUCCUUUUUUCUACCUAUUCAUUUAUCAUACAACAUUGAGCAAUAUUGUCAGUGAAUAGUUCUAAAAGUCAAAUAAGUUAGCUUCCCCACAAUAUCUAUCAUAUGAUUUAUAUUACCAUAAUAGAAAAAAAUCAAAUAUUUUUUAACCAUAUUUAGAUUUGAUUUGAAUUUAAUCAUUUAAUUUAGCCAUUCCAUCCAUAUAAUUGUUUGCUCUCAUAUUUGACCUCGUUACUCACAACAAAGAUUUUGAACUCGUUGUUUUCAUAAUGUUAAGCAAAUGUGCUGUUUUUGUAGCAAUAAAAGCUCCAUUUUCUGGUUUGGGUACAUCUUGAACGGUACAAGUUUUAUUUACUAAGUUCCAUUCGGAGUGUGAAAUGAUUGGACUUGAAAUGUAUUCCAUUUCACUAUCUGUGUUUCCAUAUUGUUACCGAGUUACUGAAAUGCAUCUUGCAAAGGUAUUCCAAUAUCCCAUUUAAACCUUAUUCUACCUUUUUUUGAUUUGAAUUAUCAUGAUUAGGUUAUUUUCUCAUUUGAUGCUUGAGAAAAAAACCAAACUAAUAUUCAUAUUUAGGACAGCACAUUGUGAUGCUGUUGUAACAUUUUUCAUUAUCAUCCAAGAUUUCUUGAAGGAAGAAGGCUAGUUGAAAUGGGCAUGAUGCCUGCUAACUAAUCCUAUUCAUGUUUUCAUGAAUAAAAUCUUGUUUUAAAUAAGUUUUUAUUUACCGUACACAUGUUGACGUCAGUGGUGCUUGAUCUGUUGUAAGCACUAGACUUGUGUCCUUGAGGAAGCACUUGUUACAUAACAGAUUUCACUGCUAGAGAUAGUUUUAUAUUUUGAUACAAUGUAGUUAUUUAAAUGACAAUUUCUAUAUAUAUUGCUUUGAAUGACUGUACGUCAUCUCUUUGUACUUUUAAUAAAAGAUGAUUUUAACUCUUA